GAAUCUUUCAAAACCGCCGAAAAAGACCGUUAACAAAAGACUCCACAGUUUUUUGAGCAUGGGACAGGCCCGAAAAGCGUAUAUUUAUACGCUAACUGUGGCCACUUUAUCGGAGACUAAGCAAAAAUGACAGUAGAUCAGCCUAAUUACCUGGGGAUUUAUCUGGGCACCCAAAUUACACUUUCCCAAGUCGAAUUACCACAAAAGCAUAUUGUCUACGGCAAUGAGUUUCCUUACGCUCUUCAAUUCAACCAUCCUGGAGAACUUUUGGAUGACAAGGUGGAAUUUUUGAAAGAUUUGGCUGCAAAGGGAACAAUCGAAGAGUUAUUAACCAAACACGGUGCUGUUUUGUUCAGAGGUGCUGGAAGCGGAGCUUCAGAGACAUUUUCCAAAUUGGUGACCGGAGUCGAAACUUCCAGAGGACUCAAACCUUUCGAGCAAAUUGGUUUGGCUGGUAAGCGACACUUGAGAGCAGAAAAUGUUUUCACUGCCAACGAGGGUCCCCAGACAAAGAGAUUCUACCAACACAAUGAGUAUUCAAGAUACACUAUUUUCCCCAGCAACAUUCACUUCUUCUGUCAAAAGGCACCUAUGGUCGGAGGGGACACUCCCAUUGCUCACUCAGCGGAGUUCUUCCAAAAGGUUCAAGAACGUUAUCCCGAAGUAAUUGAAAAACUUUCCCAGAAAAAACUCAAGAGCUCACAAUUCUACCCCAGCAGACAGGGGAAGAUUUCCUUCAAAGGAAACGAAUUCUACUGGCAAGAUGAAGACGGGUUUGGCCAGUUGAUCGAAGAAGGCGACUCCGAAGAAGAGAAGAAACGGAAAGCCGAGAUCAUGGUGAGAAAGUUGACCGACGAGUUCGAAUGGGCUGAAGACGGAGGAUUAACGAUUCACCAGUAUGUUCCUUGUAUCAGAGUCCAUCCCAAGACCAAUCGUCCAACUUUGUUCAACGGACUUGUUGGAAGAUUUGGUACCAUAAAGGAUGUGGGGGCAGCCGAGCCUCCUCACAUGGGUACCGAUGGUGGAUAUUACCCUCCUCUUGUCUACGAGGACGGUGAAAAGGUCGAUAACGACUUGAUGGAAAAGUUGUGGCGAACCUCCAUCGAGCUUGAGUACAAUCACAAAUGGCAAGAAGGAGACCUUCUUUUAGUGGACAACGUCCAGGUGAGUCACGGAAGACAACCAUGGUCUGAAGGAGACCGAGUCAUCUUGGUCAGUAUGUGGGAUAAUGGGAUUACUCCUGAAGUGUAUAAGGCCUAGUUAACUGAAUAAAAUGUAUAGUAUGAGAG